AUGCUAGUUCUGGGCGGCCAAGACGUCGAGACAGUCCUGACGGGCUUGUCGGUCGCGAGAUGCCAUGGGCUCCUGAACGCGUUAUCUCAGGCACUCUCAGACUACUCAAGCGAUCGGAAAGCCUCUGAGCCUACGAUACAUCAACCACUGCGCCAGGGCGUGGUCACCAAACUGGGAAACACUUCCCUAUUCAUGCCGGCAUCGAACACCGUGAGCACGGGGAUCAAGAUCGUGACUCUGUCCGCCAGCAGACGUGGCGCACGAGGCGCGAUCAACAUCUUCAACCCGGGAGGCGAGCUUGUAGGCCUUCUGAAUGCGGAAGAGAUCACGGCCUUUAGGACUGGCCUUGUCUCGAUGAUCCCAUUUCUCAACUGCGGGGUGCAGAAGAGUCGCAUUGUGGUGUUUGGUGCCGGGAAACAGGCCGAGUGGCACGUUAGGCUGGCCUUGCUGCUGGCCGGCGACUCGAUCCAAUACAUCACCGUUGUCAACCGCCGCGGGGAGACACUGAACGAGCUUGAGAAGAGGCUACAGGGGGUGAAAGACAAGCACCCGCAAUUGACGUUGUCAUUGAUCGCGAAAGACGGAGCGACUGACUACGAAGCCGAACUGAAGCACGAUCUCAGGGAGUGCGAUGCGAUCAUGUGCUGCACGCCUUCCACCGAGCCCCUAUUCCCGUCAGCAUAUCUCGCGCCUGCCCCAGACGAGCAACCGAGGAAGAGAUUCAUCUCUCUGAUCGGCUCGUAUAAGCCUCACAUGCAAGAGAUCGACUCGGAGACGCUGCUCUCUGGAAAGCGCAUAUACGUCGAUUCGGCGGAGGCUUGUCUGGAGGAAGCUGGAGAGCUCAUCAAGGCGAAGGUGCCAGAGAGCCGUCUUAUGGAACUGGGAGCGAUCGCAUCUUGGCCAAGCAUCGAUGAGGUAGAAGGAAACGUCGUCUUCAAGUGCGUAGGAAUGGGCAUCAUGGACGUCGCUGUUGCGUCGGAACUCCUAAAGAUAGCUGGGGACAUGAAGAUAGGCAAGACUAUCGAAGAUUUCUGA